GACCGGGCGGAGGAGGAGGCGAAGGUGGAGAGGAGAAGAGGGGGAAGGAGAAGGGACGGAGGAGAGAGCGGGGGGAUGACUGCACGAAAAGGAAAAAACAAAAAAACAACAAUCAUGACUCCUCUAAUUCAUCCUAGAUUUUUCUUUUAUAAAUCAUAAUGCUUUGUCUACUAGCCUACACAGUAUGCUGCAAUAAAUGACGAGGCUCCCCGUUAAGUGUAAACUGGCUUGAGAGAGAUGUCCUCUCCAGGCAUGGGCACCCCCAGUGACCCCCUCCUCACCAGUCCAGGAGGGAGGUUAUCUGCAGCUCAGGAAGGCCUCUGGAGGAGCUCACUCCCCAAAACGGCCAGCUUUCCAACAUCCACCACUCGGCUCCUCAGUCACAGAGCCAACAACUUUCAAAGACAUCCAAAGCGUCGGAAGCUGAUAAGACCUUCACCGCCUCCACCGCCCAACACACCCUGUCCCCUAGACCAGCUGGACCUCAGUGAGCUUCCCCCAAGACGUACCUUCCAAGAUCUGCUCUUCAAUGGCUGUGUCCUGUUUGGUAUUGAAUUUAGUUAUGCCAUGGAGACGGCUUAUGUGACUCCUGUGCUGCUACAGAUGGGCUUGCCCGAUCAAUUCUACAGCUUGGUGUGGUUUAUCAGCCCCAUACUGGGAUUCCUUGUUCAGCCUCUCCUCGGAGCAUGGAGUGAUCGAUGUAAAUCCCGGUUUGGACGGAGGAGACCCUUUAUUUUUGCCUUGGCUAUAGGUGCUCUGCUAGGUCUAACCCUGGUACUGAACGGGCGGGACAUUGGAAGUGCGCUGGCUGACACUGCAUCAAAUCACAAGUGGGGAAUCAUCCUGACGGUGUGCGGUGUGGUUCUGAUGGACUUCAGCGCUGAUUCAGCCGACAACCCGAGCCAUGCCUACAUGAUGGACGUGUGCAGCCCAGAGGACCAGGAUCGAGGGCUGAACAUUCAUGCACUACUUGCAGGACUCGGAGGUGGAUUUGGCUACAUCGUGGGCGGCAUCAACUGGGACAAGACACAAUUUGGAAGGUCGAUGGGAGGUCAACUACGAGUCAUAUACAUGUUCACAAGUAUCACAUUGGUGUGUGCCACAGCUAUGACUCUGUUUAGUAUCCCUGAGCGCCCGCUACCAAAGAACAAAAACUCCAGCAAAGCUCAUCUAAAAAGCCCCAGCCUCCCUCUUCCUCCCUCUCCCCCUGUCCCUCCAGGAUCAGCUCUGGGACUGGAUGAGGAAGACGAAGAUGCUCUUUACAGCUACCAUUACUCAAAGUCUCACCCAUAUAACUCGGACCCCCUUGCACAUUCUUGUAGUGCCAAUGCACGCCUCUGUGCUGGUCUCACAAGCCCAAUAUCGCCCAUGAGCCCCCUCACUCCAAAAUAUGGCAGCUUUAUCAGCAGGGACACCUCGCUCACAGGCAUAAAUGACUUUGCCUCUUCAUUAGGAAACUCCUAUAUAGACAGUGUGCUCAUAAACUGCUACACAGGCCAGCAGACUCCACAGGCCCUAGCCCCCAACUCCACCUCGGAGGCCCUGCCUCCAGGGGACCCCCCUCACCCUGAGGACUUCACACAGGGAGCAGGAAGCCGUCCUACAGGACAGACCCAGGCUGAUGUGGCGUCUCAUCAGGAUGCGGAAGCGCCACAGCCUGAGGGAGAUGCACAAACUCAGGUCACAGCUGGGACUCAGCCUGGUGCUGGGUCACAUCGGCGCUCUUCUGCUGGUAUCCUGAAGCGACCCCAGAGUCUUGCACUAAUUGAGGAGCCCAUGUCAACACAUUUUGCUGGGAUGGAGAACGGACGCAGGAGAACGGUGACCUUCAGUCAGCAGGUUGCAAACAUUUUGCUGAAUGGGGUGCACUAUGAGAGUGAUCUGACUGAGAAUGCCGAGACAGGAGAAUCACAGAUGUCAAUUAAGCUGCUGUGUAUAGCCAUCUACAGGAUGCCUCCCUCUAUGCGGAGUUUAUGCACUAAUCAUUUCCUGGGCUGGCUGUCUUUUGAAGGCAUGCUGCUCUUCUACACUGACUUCAUGGGUGAGGUUGUGUUUGAAGGAGACCCCAAGGCACCCCACGACUCUGAGGCUUACCAACGGUACAAUGCCGGAGUGAACAUGGGCUGCUGGGGCAUGUGCAUCUAUGCAUUCAGUGCUGCUUUCUACUCAGCCAUAUUGGAGAAACUGGAGGAGCGUUUCUCUGUUCGCACUCUUUAUUUUUUUGCCUAUCUGGCGUUUGGUUUGGGCACGGGCCUGGCCACACUGUCCAACAACCUCUACGUGGUACUUUCUCUCUGCGUCACCUAUGGGGUGCUCUUCUCUUCUCUAUGCACGCUGCCUUACUCUCUGCUGUGUGAAUACUACCAGGACCCUCAGUUCUGUGGCUCAUCAGAGGAGGGGACCAAACGCGGGAUGGGGGUGGACAUCUCUCUGCUCAGCUGCCAGUACUUCCUGGCUCAGAUCCUGGUCUCAGUAGCCAUGGGACCUCUGACCUCACUGGUGGGUGGGGCCCAGGGAGUGAUGUACUUUGCGAGCCUGAUGUCAUUCGUGGGCUGCCUGUACUCCUCUCUCUGCAUGGUGUACCAGCUGCCCCCCCCCUGAGGGUGAGCCCCCCGAUAGCGAGACCCAGCCACUAUUGGUGCACAUUUAGCACUUGAUUUACUUUACUUCAAACACAGCCUUACACUCACACACACACACACACACACACACACACACACACACACAUACUCAACUGGCACACGCUCCCACACUGUCGCUUGGUCUCUGAGUGAGUUGACCUUCACAGCACUGACACAUUGCACAUCCUGUACAGCACAGUUCCAUAGUUUCACAGUAUUCAGCACUGCUCUUCUCAGAGCUAGACAGACAGACAGACAGACAGACAGACAGACAGACAGACAGACAGACAUUGGCCACUGCUCUUAUUUGUGUUAACAUGACCAGUAUGUUCAUACAGUGUGUGUGCCCAUGCAUCUUUUCCUUACUGUUGCUACUGAAUGUGUGACCUUUUUGAAUGAAGUGUGGGACAAAUAUGUGUGACAGAGUGUGAGUGAACUCUUUGAAGAUAGCUUAGCCCCUUCUGUCUGAUUAUUUGCUGUAAAAUCUUGCAUCAUCUUUUCUUGCUUGUUGGUGUUUAGUAUAUAAAUGUUGAUCACCACGUUCAGGCUAACCACAGCUUUCCCCCUCUUUUUCUUCCUUUUAUCAGUUGCCUAACAUCUGCAUGAGCUGCAAUGUAAUCUCUCAAUGCCUGUGUUAAUGUUUUGUUUUACGGCCAAAGGAAUGUCUACCUGCCUGUUUCUCUGAGUUAGCAUAUUAGCAUCACGCCUUAGGCAGGAUCAUUCUGACUAAAUGAUUGUGUUGCCAGUGUUCACUGACAUUCACCAAUUGAGGCUCCUUCAUUGAAUCAAGAGCUUUUUUAAUUUAGCAAACACAUACUCACUUGAAGCUGAACACAAUUAAUCACAGUUACAGUCUUGAAGGGCUUCACAUUUUUACAGCAAAUAAAAACACCACUCUUUACACAAGCUAUUCAUAAUGAAACUCACCAGUGUGUCAUCCCUACAUUUCACACUUUGGUGCUAGGCGACUAGCAAAAUGAUAAUUAAUGCUUAGUCAGCAUAGAGCCAUAGCUAAUAGGAUGACACACAUACACGCACACAAACUUUCAAAGACACAGAGAAAUGUCUGCUGGUGGCAAAUUCUGUCUGGGCCCUCACUAAGCCAUGGUACAGCCGUGAGCUGUCACCCUACUCCGGGCCAUGUCAUUGUAAUAAUGGCAGUGAUUCUUGUCAUUAUCAGGAAGAGGAGAAGUUGAAACUGGGGUGUGAAUCAGCAUUCAGUCGGAAACCGAACAAAACAGAAGAUCAGCAAACAGGGAGAAGACUCAUAUGGGUAACCCUGAAGGUGGACAACGUAAAAAAGGAAAAGACAAUGGGGGUUCAUAGAGCCAGCAUCAAGUGCUUAUUGUCAUCAUUAGGGCGCAUGCUUAAGGUAGUAGGCUUCUGCUCCACCAUGGCGGCCCAUCAACUCAGUAUUACCUACUUGUUAGCCCCUUCCUUAACAGGAAAUCUCCAACU